ACGGCGGCGCGCGCUUCCGCCUCACGGGCUCUGGCCCGGUGCGAGCGGCCGCGGGAUGUGGCUCGGGCCCGAGGAGGUGCUGGUGGCUAACGCGCUAUGGGUGACGGAGCGGGCCAACCCCUUCUUCGUGCUGCAGCGGCGCCGAGGCCACGGCAAGGGCGGAGGCCUCACGGGUCUUCUUGUGGGCACCCUGGAUGUGGUGCUAGACUCCAGCGCCCGUGUGGCCCCUUACCGCAUCCUGCACCAGACCCAGGACUCACAGGUCUACUGGACAGUGGCAUGUGGUUCUUCCCGAAAAGAGAUCACCAAACACUGGGAAUGGCUGGAAAACAACUUGCUUCAGACGCUGUCCAUCUUCGACAACGAGGAGGACAUCACUACCUUCGUCAAGGGCAAGAUACAUGGCAUCAUUGCAGAAGAGAACAAGAACCUGCAGCCCCAGGGGGACGAGGACCCAGGGAAAUUCAAGGAGGCAGAGCUAAAGAUGCGGAAGCAGUUCGGCAUGCCAGAGGGCGAGAAGCUGGUCAACUACUACUCCUGUAGCUUCUGGAAGGGCCGUGUGCCACGCCAGGGCUGGCUCUACCUGACCGUCAACCACCUGUGCUUCUACUCCUUUCUGCUGGGGAAGGAAGUGAGCCUGGUGGUACAGUGGGUGGACGUCACACGCCUGGAGAAGAAUGCCACUUUACUCUUCCCCGAGAGCAUCCGUGUGGACACACGGGACCAGGAGCUGUUUUUCUCCAUGUUCCUAAACAUUGGUGAGACCUUCAAGCUUAUGGAGCAGCUGGCCAACCUGGCCAUGCGGCAACUGCUGGACAGCGAGGGCUUCCUGGAGGACAAGGCCCUACCCAGGCCUAUCCGGCCACAUAAGAACAUCUCAGCUCUAAAGCGAGACCUAGAUGCCCGAGCCAAGAAUGAGUGCUACAGGGCCACGUUCCGGCUGCCCAAAGACGAGCGGCUGGAUGGCCACACAGGCUGCACCCUAUGGACGCCAUUUAACAAGCUACACAUCCCCGGCCAGAUGUUCAUCUCCAAUAACUACAUCUGCUUUGCCAGCAAGGAGGAAGAUGCCUGCCGCCUCAUCAUACCCCUGAGGGAGGUGACCAUUGUUGAAAAAGCCGACAGCUCCAGCGUCCUCCCCAGCCCUCUGUCUAUCAGCACCAAGAGUAAAAUGACCUUCCUGUUUGCCAACCUGAAAGACCGUGACUUCCUGGUUCAGAGGAUCUCUGACUUCCUCCAGAAAACACCGUCCAAGCAGACGGGCAGCAGCGUUGGGGGAACAAAGGCCAGUGUUUCAGACCCAGCCCCAGAGUCUCUCCCAACUCCUCAGGAGGCAUCGGAGCCACCCGCCAACCCAUCCUCUCCCCUCAGCAGCCCUCCAAGUUUCAGUACGCAGGAAAUUCCUACUACUUCCCAGGGCCUGCUCAAAGUCUUCCAGAAGAACUCACCCAUGGAGGACCUUGGCGCCAAAGGGGCCAAGGAGAAGAUGAAGGAGGAAUCCUGGAACAUCCACUUCUUUGAGUACGGGCGUGGCAUGUGCAUGUACCGAACAGCCAAAACCCGGGAGCUGGUCCUGAAAGGCAUCCCUGAGAGCCUCCGAGGGGAGCUUUGGCUCCUCUUCUCUGGGGCCUGGAACGAGAUGGUGACCCAUCCCGGCUACUACGCUGAGCUAGUGGAGAAGUCCCUGGGGAAGUACAGCUUGGCCACCGAGGAGAUAGAGCGGGACCUCCAUCGCUCCAUGCCCGAGCACCCUGCUUUCCAGAAUGAGCUCGGGAUCGCUGCGCUCCGGCGGGUGCUGACUGCCUAUGCCUUCCGAAACCCUACUAUUGGCUACUGCCAGGCAAUGAACAUCGUGACUUCCGUGCUCCUGCUCUACGGCAGUGAGGAGGAAGCCUUCUGGCUGCUGGUGGCCCUGUGUGAGCGCAUGCUGCCCGACUACUACAACACCAGGGUAGUGGGAGCCCUCGUAGACCAGGGCAUCUUUGAAGAGCUCACGAGAGAUGUCCUGCCCCGGCUCUCAGAGAAGAUGCAAGAGCUGGGGGUGAUCUCCAGCAUCUCGCUGUCCUGGUUCCUGACCCUCUUCCUCAGCGUCAUGCCCUUUGAGAGCGCCGUGGUCAUUGUCGACUGCUUCUUCUAUGAGGGCAUCAAGGUGAUCCUGCAGGUGGCCCUGGCUGUGCUGGACGCCAACGUGGAGCAGCUGCUGGACUGCAAUGACGAGGGCGAGGCCAUGACCGUGCUGGGCAGGUACCUGGACAAUGUGGUCAACAAGCAGAGCAUUUCUCCACCUAUCCCACACCUCCAUGCUCUGCUGACCAGUGGAGAUGACCCUCCUGUGGAGGUGGACAUCUUUGACCUCCUGAGAGUAUCCUAUGAGAAGUUCAGCAGCCUGAGGGCUGACGACAUUGAACAGAUGCGGUUUAAACAGAGGCUGAAGGUGAUCCAGUCCUUGGAAGACACGGCCAAGAGAAGCGUGGUCCGAGCCAUACCAGGGGACAUCGGCUUCUCCAUUGAAGAGCUGGAGGAUCUUUACAUGGUGUUUAAGGCCAAGCAUCUGGCAAGCCAGUACUGGGGUGGUAACCGCUCAGCAGCCGUCCACCGAGACCCCAGCCUGCCCUACCUGGAGCAGUACCGGAUCGAUGCCAGCCAGUUUCGGGAGCUCUUUGCCAGCCUGACGCCUUGGGCCUGUGGCUCUCACACGCCUGUGUUGGCAGGCCGCAUGUUCCGACUCCUGGAUCAAAACAAGGACUCACUGAUCAACUUCAAGGAGUUUGUGACAGGGAUGAGUGGGAUGUACCAUGGAGACCUCACAGAGAAGCUCAAGGCGCUCUACAAGCUGCACCUGCCCCCAGCUCUGAUCCCAGAGGAAGCGGAGUCAGCCCUGGAGGCCGCCCAUUACUUCACAGAGGAUAGCUCCUCGGAAGAGGAGAAGGGGACCAGCCCUCCUGACUACCGACACUACCUUCGAAUGUGGGCUAAGGAGAAAGAGGCUCAGAAGGAAACCAUUAAGGACCUUCCCAAGAUGAACCAGGAGCAAUUCAUCGAGCUGUGUAAAACAUUUUACAACAUGUUUAGCGAAGACCCUAUGGAACAGGACUUGUAUCAUGCCAUCGCCACUGUGGCCAGCCUUCUCCUCCAAAUUGGUGAGGUGGGGAAGAAGUUUUCGGCCCUGACAACCAAGAAGCCCAGGGAUGGUGCCCACAGUGGGGAUCCCAACAGGGCCACAGAAGAGGAUGAGCCACCCACACCCAAACUCCAUCAGGACCCAACACAGGAGUGUCAGCCACCAGCUGCAGGGGACCGGCAGGCCAAAGCCAGCGGUGACAUGCAUCUUGGGAAAGCACUGCAGGACAGUCAUGUGAUAGUGGAGGGAGGCAGUGGUGAGGGGCAGGGCUCUCCUUCCCUGCUUUUGUCUGAUGAUGAAGCCAAAGAUGACAUGUCCAUGUCCUCCUACUCAGUAGUCAGCACGGGCUCGCUGCAGUGUGAGGACCUCACGGAAGACACGGUGCUGGUGGGAGGAGGAGCCUGUAGCCCCACCACCACCUCACGGACGGGGGGCACUGUGGACACGGACUGGUGCAUUUCCUUCGAGCAGAUCCUGGCCUCCAUCCUAACAGAGUCUGUGCUAGUGAACUUCUUUGAGAAGAGGGCAGACAUUGGACUCAAGAUCAAGGACCAAAAGAAAGUAGAAAGGCAGUUUAGCACCUCCAGUGACCAGGAGCCCCCUGGGGUCUUGGGCUGAACUGUGAAAUGGAAGUCGGUCUCUGUCUCUUUCCUUUCUCCCUCGCUGUUUUCUCCUCACAGACACACCUGUUCUUGGAGCAGGGUGUCACGGAAGCAAAAAAGGUCAGGUCCACGCAGACCCAGUUGCCUUACAGGGAUUCCCUAAGCCAGGGCAACCUCUUCCUCCCUGCUCUUGGUUACCUGGAGGACCUGCUUUGAGCCUCCUGUUCCCAUAGCAUUAGAGGCUUUUGGAUCUGCCCCUGCCUGCUUCUUGCCCCUGCACCCUGUGCUGUGCACACACUACACUGGUUGCGCCAUCUAUGGAAAGACCUACAGCCAUGUGGCCUGGCCACCAAUUGUCACUUUGCCAUGUGCUUGGGCCCCAAAGGAUGCAACCUUCUAGACGCCCUCUGAAGUUCUUCAGCCUGAACCUGCGUCUUCGGACUGAGGAACACAGGGGAAUGUCUGUUGCAUGGGUAGGAGCCUUGCACUGCACUCCUAACUUACGAGGUCUCCAUUCCUCUGCAUCAUUAACUUGGAAAGUGCACCCCUCAGGUCCUCCUCUAGAACCCUGCCUUCAUUUUAGUUGGUUAAAAACCACACUGUGCUCAAUGCCUUAAUAAAUCCCUGAAAGAACGAAAAAGCACACUGUGUGCAGUGCUUUCCUGUGGCUUUGAACCACCACCUCAGUCUGUGUAUACUUUCAUCCCAAGUCAGGUAUAUGGCCCAGAAAGCAUUGUGGGGAUUUCAGGACACUUGGCUGCCCGUAGUAGGUGGGGGAUUGCUAGACUUUCCAUGGUACACAGUAACUGUAGUCACAGGUCUUAGGCUCAGUGUCCAAAGAUGUAUGAAUAUAGUAGAUACAUCCUCAGGCCUGAGUCACACCAAGUUGUCAGCCCUUUGGUUCAGGAAGCAGACAUGGCCAGAGCAGGACUCAGCCAUGAGUUAGCCCUGGCUUGUUUAGCAGGAGCAGAGGCAUCCAUUUGCUCAAGAGCUGCUUUUGCUUCUACUAACAAAUGGAUCCUGGGACCUUUUAAAAAUGUGAUAAUGCCAAGUGCGGUGGCAUGUCUAUAAUCCUGCCAUUGAGGAUAAAGUAAGACAAUUGUCUUGUUUGAGGCCAACCCUAAGCUACAUGUGGAGAUCCUGUCUCAAAAAGCCAAAAUAAAUAAGACAUUAGGUAUUAUUUACAAAAAUACUUUAAACUUUGCUGAUUCCCAGCACGAAUGUAAAAGCUGGGCAUAGUCAUGCCCACCUGUGCCCCAGUGCUGGUGAUCAGAGAUGGGCAGCCUAACCAGAUAGCCAGCUUCAGGUUCAGUGAGAGACCCUGCCUUAAUGGAAUAACGCAGAGCGAUGAAAUGGGACAUGCUGGUCUCUGCCCACACCACCACACAAAUACUAAAUAAAAUAUUUUUUUAAAUUA